CAUUUACUUUACCUCUUACCCGGAUGUAACUCGAUGAAAACUCACAUAGAAUUAAACAUGAAGAAAAGGAGUUCGCAGGCACUGUUGGCAUGUGGCAACGAAGGAGGGUUCAGCAAGAAGUUUCUCCUGAAGCCAAAGCCUAGUAGAGCCCCGCUGACUGAGAGAGUCCCAAGAAGCAGUGUGUUGGAGCGGCUUCAGAGUUUCUUGCCUCAGAUGGCCGAAGCCAAUGAGAAAUUGAAGCAGCAGAUGGAGGAGGCUCCCGCUGGAUGCUUCAACAUAGAAAACGUGGAGGAUGCACAGAGGGUCAUAGAGAUGGAUGUAGCACUGGUGGAGCUCAGCGGGUCAGAUUCAGAAGAUGAAGAGGAUUUGUCGGACUCUGAGCAGGGAUCAGACUCUGAUGAUGAGCACGAGAUCACAGAGAGGAACCUCAAGCUACCUGGAGACAAAGGCAAGAAGAAGAAUGUCAACAUCCAGGUUGUGGAGUAGUAGGGGGAGUAGAGCAGUACACACACAGGCUUUUGAUUUUCUUUUCCUCCCUGAAGUGGUGUGUGUAAGCUGCAGAGACAGUGAACAGAAAACCCCUGUGUGGAGGUAGACCUGCUUCAUCUGUGCAGGAAUAAAGAUUGAGAUUACGGUUACAAAAGUGCUGUUGGAGCCAGAGCAGGUACUGUGACUACCUCAUCUAGUCCUGACCAUUUGACCUCUGAUAGCACACCUUGUUUUUGACCUGUACAUUCAUGCACCAUUUUAUGCUAUAAACAAACAUCCAGAUUGAGUAAUUCUUAAUUUAAAUGUGAGCUAGGUAAACUAAUCCUAGGAAGACUCUUUUGCUCCUGUUGCAAACCUCACUCAGUGGCCACGUCUCUAAUAGUAGGCAGGAAACCUCUUUCCCCCACAACAGCCUAAAUUGUGGGUGUCAUGAACUCUACAGCAUGCUGGAAGCUUUCUUUAGAGAUUCUGCUCCCUGAUGACAUCACAUGUUUGCUGCUGGCUCUACGUUCAUGUUGCAGCUCUCAUUCUACCACAUGAACCACUGAACUUAUGUUGAGGUGGUGUGUGCUUUGUGACACAGAGUUACCCUGUUGGAAGUAGUCAUUAGAAGAUGGUAGACUGUGACCAUGAUCAGUGGGUGUUAAGGUGUUUCAUGUGUGCCAUGAAAAUAUUUCUCACACCAUUACACCACCACCACCAGCAGCAGUCUGACACAUUCAUGUUUCAGUUCUCAUCAUGUGCAUGCAUCAGCAGAACUCCACACUGGCCAGACCAGGAGAGGUUUUCCAUCUUCUGCAGUCCGGUUUUGGUGAGCCUGUGUCCCCUGUAGCCUCAGUCUCCCAGUGUGGUUCUGCAUGAUUUGCAUUCAGAAAUGCUCUUGUGCAGAGCGCUGAUGUAACGCGUAGUUAUUUGAUUUACUAUGUCCUUGUUGUUAGCUUGACCAAUCUGGCCAUUGUUUUCUGACCCUUCUCAUUACCUCUGCCCACUGAAUGUUCUUUUAGAUUUUUGUACUAUUCUCUGUUAACUCAACAGUGUUGUGUGUGAAAUCAUGAGUUUAUGACAGACUGAAACCUCAAACAGUCAUUCUACACACCAAGUGAGAUCAUUCAUGUUCUUAUGUUUGUCCUGAACAACAGCUGAACCUGUUGUACUUAGAGUUGCUGCCACAUGAUUGGCUCAUUAGAUAUUUGCAUUAUUGAGAAUUUGUGCCUAAUAAAGUGUCCAGUGAGAGUUAUUUUUUUUAAGUGAGCCAAUUUAUUGAAUGUGUAGUCCAUUUAUCACAUGUUGGUGUUUAAAUCAAUUUUUGUAAAAAUACAUUUAAAAUCGGUUAAAAAAAAAUUUAAUAAUUAGAAAAACGUUAUAAUUACGCCUACUGGUUUUUAAUAUCCUAAUCCUAUUGAUUGAUUGAUAUUGCUAAUUUGUAUCUGAAAAUUUAAGUGUGAAAAUAAAUUAAUCAUGAUUGAGAGAAUGUUUGGUUGAAACAGUUUGGUUGGUGCCAGGAAAGUGUUCAUACCUGGCUGUACUCAUGACCACCAGUUCAGGAGAGAGCAGAAUCACUAUUUCUUCCCAUCACGAUGUAUGUCACAGUAUUUUCUGAAUAACAGCGGCAUUACACAGUGAAGUUCAAAUUGAACUUUAUUCAUCAUUGUGAUUAAAAGCUCUCACCUUUUUCAAAGUGUGUGAAAGAAAACACUUGCUUUUGUAGCCCUUCACUGACAAUAUGGGAAUAGAAAACGAACGUCAUCACAUAUAUCAAUGGUGAUGCAUAAAAACAUCUAGCUGGUCUUCAACAAAUAGGAACACUGUUCACAGGUUCUGUGUUUAUUUCCACUACAGUGUGUUCUGUGAGCUAAAUUUCAGCACCACUUAAGAGGCAGUACUAAAAUCAUGUUCCAGGAACGCCUUAAUCAUUAGUAUUACAAGAAGGGUGUGUAAAGAGGCACUUAAACUGCUUUAGAGGUAAAAGGAGGACUUUAGUGAGUGGGCCAAGGGUAAAAUGUUG